AUGGCUCCAUUCGCAACCAGCGUCCACGCGCACGACGCUGCUGGUCAAAACCACGACAUAAUAUCCGACCAUGGCGCCGCCGCCGACCUCCCGAGCGACCCCGUCGAGAUCACGGCCAUGCAGAAGAUGCUCUCGGCCACAUCGGGGAGCCUGUUGACGGGCUUGCUAGGCAUGUACCACCCAACACCCCUCGACGUCGUCCGCGUCCGCUGGCAGUCCCAGGGCGUUACCCAGCCCGUCAUCGACUUCACCAAGCUCGCCAUCCCCACCACCGCUACCCCCGGCGCCGCCGCUUUCCGCCCUGCCGACCUCGGCGUUACCGCCUGCUGCCGCGAGGUCUUCUUCACCAACAACAACGCCGAGGCCUGCCUCGCGGGACCCCGUCCCCUCUCACAAAACAAUAUCCACGCCACAAACCCAGCAACGUCACCAUCAGCAAUCAACUGUGCCGUCGAACAAACCCAACAACGGACCUUCACCUCCACGUUCGACGGCCUACGCAAGAUCGCCCGCAAUGAGGGCGUGACGACGCUCUGGCGCGGCCUCUCGCCGACGCUGGUCAUGGCGAUCCCGGCCAACAUCAUCUACUUCACGGGGUACGAGUGGCUGCGGUUCAACCGGGCGGGCAGCCCGAUCGCGCGCGGGGUGCCCGACGACUACGCGCCGCUGGUGGCGGGGUCGACGGCGCGCGUGCUCGCCGCCACGGCCGUGUCGCCCAUCGAGCUGUUCCGCACCCGCCUGCAGGCCGUGCCCGAGCGCGCCGCCGCCAACCCGCUCGCCUCCACCUUCCGCGGCAUCCAGGACAUGGUCGCCGCCCACGGCUACCGCGCCCUCUGGCGCGGCCUCUCCCUCACCCUGUGGCGCGACGUCCCCUUCUCCGGCAUGUACUGGUGGGGCUACGAGACCAUCCGCGGCCGCCUAGCCGACGCCCGCGAGCGCCGCACCAGAGACGGGUUGGGACUGGAAUUGGAUCUGGAACGGGGCCGGGACGGCGGAUCACGCUCACGCUCACGCUCACGCAGCCGCGCCAGCGACAACCACGCGGACACCUUCACCGACAGCUUCAUCGCGGGCGCCGCGUCGGGCGGCUUCGCCAGCGUCGUGACAAUGCCCUUCGACGUCGGCAAGACGCGGACCCAAGUGUUCCGCGAUACCGGCGCACCGUCUACAACCACCACCACCACCGCGACCACCACUGCCGCGGCCACCGCCGCCGCGCCCGAGGAGCGCAACAUGGCGCGCCUGCUGUGGCACAUCUUCCGCACCGAAGGGCUGCCGGGCCUGUUCCGCGGCUGCGUGCCGCGCACCCUGCGCGUGGCGCCCGCCUGCGCCAUCAUGAUCAGCAGCUACGAGGUGGGCAAGCGCGUGUUCCGGGGGGUUAACGAGCGCGCGCUUGCCGAGCGGAGGGGGCUCGCUACCGCUAGCGGUGCCGCGGAGGCGGCGGCGGUUGGGGGGGUGGGUGGGCGUGGGGUGUGA